GUUUAAUUUAAAGACCGGUAGCGGAAGUUUCAAAAAAAAAAAAAACUAUAGCGGAGAAGUUCUAAUUUGACAAGUGAAUCACUCUGUGUCAGAAACUUUAGCAAAAUGGAGGAAGUGAAUUGCUUAUACAAGAAUCCGAGCGCACACAUUGAAGCUCGAGUCAAAGACAUUCUAUCCAGGAUGACUCUGGAUCAGAAAAUUGGCCAGAUGACCCAGAUCGAGCGUAGCGUGGCAACCCCAGAGGCCAUUAGAGACUACGCCAUUGGGAGUAUACUUAAUGCCGGUGGCAGUGCGCCUUUUGAAAAGGCAUUAUCGUCGGACUGGGCCGAUAUGAUUGAUGGGUUCCAGAAGUUGGCACUGGAAUCUGAGCUUGGGGUGCCGAUUGUAUAUGGGUCGGAUGCGAUUCAUGGGAACAACAACGUUUAUGGCGCCACUGUGUUCCCUCAUAAUGUUGGUCUUGGAGCUACCAGAGAAGCAGAUUUGGCAUUAAAGAUUGGUACCGCAACAGCACUGGAAGUCAGAGCAAGUGGCAUCCACUAUACUUUUGCUCCUUGUGUGGCUGUAUGCAGAGACCCUCGAUGGGGAAGAUGCUAUGAGAGUUACAGUGAAGACACCGCAAUUGUUCGGAAGAUGACAUCAAUUAUCACAGGUUUGCAAGGACAGCCACCCCAAGGACACCCGAAAGGCUACCCCUUUGUGGCUGGAAGAAACAAUGUUAUUGCGUGUGCCAAACAUUUUGUUGGAGAUGGGGGUACUGACAAAGGUGUAAAUGAGGGGAACACUUUGGUACCAUAUGACGAGUUAGAGAGGAUUCACAUGGAACCUUAUUUGGACUGUAUUUCUCAGGGAGUUUCCACUGUUAUGGCAUCCUAUUCCAGCUGGAACGGAAGUAAAUUGCAUGGUGAUCGUUAUCUCCUGACUGAUAUUUUGAAGGAUAAGCUAGGUUUCAAGGGUUUUGUGAUUUCUGACUGGGAAGGACUUGACAGACUUAUCCAUCCUCGUGGCUCAGACUAUCUAGGUUGUGUUUCCCUUGCCAUUAAUGCAGGAAUUGACAUGGUGAUGGUGCCUUUUGAUUACAAAAAAUUUGUAGAGAUUUUGAAAUUCCUGGUGGUAUCUGGGAUUAUACCAAUGGCCAGAAUUGAUGAUGCCGUUGAACGAAUACUAAGAGUGAAGUUUGUUGCUGGUCUAUUUGAACACCCCUUCAGUGAUAGAUCUUUGUUAGAUACUGUGGGUUGCAAGGCACACAGAGAUCUAGCAAGAGAAGCAGUUCGCAAAUCCUUGGUUCUGCUGAAGAAUGGGAAGAAUCCAGGGAAACCCUUACUUCCAUUAGACAGUAAAGCUAAAAGAAUUUUUGUAACAGGAAGUCAUGCUGAUGAUCUUGGAUAUCAAUGUGGAGGGUGGACUAUUACUUGGGACGGAUGCAGUGGCAGGAUAACAAUUGGUACGACCAUCUUGGAAGCUAUUAAAGAAGCAGUGGGAGACAAUACAGAAGUAAUCUACGAGCCAAAGCCGUCAACAGAAACAUUAUCACGGCAAGAUAUCUCUUUUGCUAUAGUUGUUGUUGGGGAAGAACCAUAUGCAGAAUGUACUGGUGACAAUUCAGAGCUUAAAAUUCCCUUCAACGGAACUGAAGCCGUAUGCUCAGUUGCUGAAAAAAUUCCCACUUUGGCAAUUAUCAUAUCUGGAAGGCCUUUAGUGUUAGAGCCAGAGCUCUUGGAGAAGACAGAUGCUAUUGUUGCUGCUUGGUUGCCCGGCAGUGAAGGAGGCGGCAUUGCAGAUGUCAUCUUUGGUGAUUUUGACUUCAUGGGCAAACUACCAGUGACAUGGUUCAAAACGGUUGAACACCUACCAGUGCUCACCAAAGAUAAUUCACAUGACCAUCUAUAUCCUUUUGGCUAUGGGCUGACUUAUGCUUAGCAUACAUAUCUGCACUAGCUCAGAACCAAGGACAAAAAUGCCUAUUGGUUUCUUGAAUUUGUGGUACUGGAAACAGAUGCCUGAACUAUCUUACUAGUAUCAAAUUAAACCAUGCUUUGUUGUAUUGAUAUGUAAAAUUACCCCUUUCUUCUUACCUCCCCCAUCUCCCUCCCUAUCCCUUAUUUCCUAGUAAUUACUUAUUUAUUGUUUUCCGUAUGGCAGUCUAUAUGGGACGUAUGGCUUACUGGAUCAGAGCAAUAAAAUGAGAAAUUAUACAAAA